AUGGCGCGCCUCACCUGGCCAGCUGCUCUCCUAGCCCUGACUGCCUCAGCACCAGCCCAUGCCCAACUUUACAACAAAGUCAUCGAAACAACAUACGGCCCCGUCCAGGGCUACAAAUACUUCAACGAAUCCACUCUCCAGGCAAACUGGAACGUAUCUGAAAGCAACGUCGCCGCCUUUCUCAGCAUUCCCUAUGCCGCCGACACGUCCUACGAGAACCGCUGGAAGCCGCCUCAGCCGCGCGAGCCGUGGAACGAGACCCUCGUCGCGGAUACCUGGGGACCUGGAUGCCCCACGAGCUACGGAACGGAAUACAGCGAGGAUUGCCUCAUAGUGAAUAUCUGGACCGGAGCCAAUUCCUCAGAUGAGAAGCUUCCGGUAUUGGUGUAUAACCAGGGGAGCGACGAACCGAGCAAUGACCCUGCCUACUACGGCGGUGGUCUUGCGAGGAGAGGACUUGUUGUCGUGACGUUCAACCGGCGCGACGAUGUCUUUGGCUACUUGGCCCAUCCCGAGCUAAACGCCGAGUCAGUUGCGGAGAACGGACACAGUGCAUCCGGACACUAUGGCGUCCUCGACUUCCUCGCCCUCCUUCAGUGGGUGCAAAAGAACAUCGAGCGAUUCGGCGGCGACCCUGACCGCGUCACAAUCGCAGGCCAGUCCUUCGGCUCCGCGCAGGUCUACCAUGCUGUCAACAGCGAGUUGUUCAGCGGCCUUUUCCGGGCCGCGAUUGCCGACAGUGGCGUGCGUUACCCCUACGAUACCCUCCUGGCCGGCCUCGCAGACUCGUACGUAUCCAUGCCCGACGCCCUAGAAAACGGGCUCAACUAUACAGCCGCGCACAACGCCUCCUCAAUUGCCGACCUCCGCAAGCUGUCCACCAACGAACUCCUUGUUGGCUCGGGCGACCGCAGCACGAACAUCUGGUGGGUAACCGCGCUCUCCACGGGCAACCCUCUGGUCUUUAAGCCCGUCCUCGACGGCUACGUCCUGCCCGAGAAAUACAUCGACACGCUCCGCAAAGGUCCAGCAAACGACGUCCCCUUCAUCACAGGCAACAACAAAGAUGAGAGCGGCGCGGCGACGACGACAAACUACUCCGUCGCUGAAUACACUGUCGCCUGUAAGCUGAAGUACGGAAACCUCUCGGAGACCUACUUCUCCCUCUACCCCUCCGGCAAUAGCAGUGACCAGGCAAGCCGCUCCUGGAACGCCGCGGCCCGCGAUACAUCCCUCGUCUCAUCCUGGGCUUUUGGCCGUGACUGGAUCAAGUCCGCCGAGAGCCCAUUCUACACGUACUACUGGGACCAUGCUCCGCCGUCGCAGACCCAGGGGGCGUACCAUGCGUCUGAGCUUUUUUACGUUAUGGAUACACUCUAUGCAAAUGCGGAUGACCAUGACUGGACCUGGUAUGAUUACCAUCUUGCGGAGGUCAUGUCGAGCUACUGGGUGAAUUUCGUCAAGACGGGGGAUCCGAAUCUUGGUGGGAGCUAUCAAGGGAGUGAGGACCUAGCGCACUGGGCGCCUGUUAAUGGGGAGAGUCAGACGGUUUUCCAUGUGGGUGAGGCAUUUGGGGAUGUGCCCCUGGCGAGACCGGAGCAGGUCGAGUUGAUAUUGGACUAUUUCGCGCAGCAGACGCCUUUUUAA